AUGCUUCAAAGCAACAAGACGGCUGCCGAGUACAAGACCUUUGAGCCGGCGCCUCGUGUCCACCCCCAAGACGACGCCAACAUCGUCUCGCGCCUGGCGUUCGCCUGGACCAAGCCGCUGCUUCGGCUCGGGAAUGUGCGGCAGCUUGCAUCCAGCGACCUCUGGCAGCUUCAGAACGCCAACAAGGUCGACCCACUCACGGCGCAUUUUGAAAACGUCUACGCGCGCAAGAACAAGGGCCUUCUCUCGUCUUUCUUCGCGAUCUACUGGGGCCGCUUCGCCUGCAUCGGCUUCAUGGAGCUUUUCACCGUGCUCGCCGACUUGUACGGUCCUGGCUACGUCCUUGGCGAGAUCAUUCGCGCUGUCGAGGCGCCCAUUCUUGACACGACGUACGUGCUCCAGCUCAUCGGGUCGCUCUACCUUGUGCAAGUGACGGCCGCGUUCAUCAAGGGCCAUUUAACGUACCUCAACGACGUCAUUGGCAUCCAGUUCUCAUCGGUGCUGCGCUCGAUGCUCUUCAAGAAGGCUCUGCGCUUGGACGCGUCCUCCAAGAAAGAGAAGACCGCCGGUGACAUUGCCAACCUCUUCUCGAUUGACACCAUCAACGUCAUGAGCUUUGCGACAAGCAUCCACUCGAUGUGGAUCGUACCGCUUCAAAUCGGAAUUGUACUUCAUCUCCUCUACACGAUCGUGGGCUGGGCCAUCUUUGUCGGCCUCGGCGCCGUCGUCCUCAUCCUGGUCAUCAACGGCGUCGUCGCGGGUCUUUUGGGUACCGAGCAAGAACGUUGCUUCAAGCUCAAGGACGACCGCAUGAAGGUCAUCAACGAGGUCUUUGGCGCGAUCCAGAUCAUCAAGUUCAACGCGUGGGAAGAAAAGUUCCAGGCCAAGAUCCGCAACCUCCGCGUCAUCGAGUUUGAAUCGACCAAAAAGCUCAUGCGCAUCGUCGUUGUCCUCAUCUCGUUCAUGAACUGCACACCGAUCCUCGUCACCGUAGUCGUCUUCGCGACGUUCACGCUCUGGAUGAAGCAAGCACUGACGGUCACGAUCGUCUUUUCCACGCUCGCGCUCUUCAAUCGCUUGUUUCGGCCAAGCGUAUUAACGACGUGCUCUUGA